UCGACCUUCAUCACUGGCUAUUUAGUGGAGACCUAUCCCUCUGACGUCGGUCCAUAUUCCAUAUAUUUUUACUGGGUUAGCGUUCUUCACCAUGUUCUCCGCGGCGCGUCGAAGAAUUCUGGAUGGAAUCAACCGGAGAUACAUCUAUGGCCGUUUGCCCUUGCUCCACAGCAUAAUCUUCCUCAUCGAAAUGGCGGUUGCGAUGCGGCUGGCGGCCAAAUUCAACUCCUACUAUGCGGAGAAGCCGGUGUUGACUACUAUGGUGACCAAUGCGGUUCUUGGCGGAGUUGCGGAUACAGUUGCGCAGCUGAUUACGGCGUUCAGAACUCGACCGGGCCGACCGAAUUAUGAUCCUGGUGAUCUCAUCUCAAUCGAAAUUCAUGAUCUUGAUAAGGAGAAGCCACCGGCUCUUGGGGAGCUGGGACACGCGAGACAGUUGCCUCCGCCUUUUGAUUUUGAGCGACUGACCCGGUUCAUGUCAUAUGGUUUCUUCAUGGCACCGAUCCAGUUCAAGUGGUUCGGAUUUUUAUCUCGGACAUUCCCUCUCACCAAGAAAAACCCGACCAUUCCGGCCUUGAAGCGAGUUGCUGUAGAUCAGUUUCUCUUCGCGCCUUUCGGUCUGGUGUGUUUCUUCACUUUCAUGACACUCGCUGAAGGCGGUGGGCGUAGAGCCUUGACCCGUAAAUUCCAGGACGUUUACCUGCCUACUCUUAAGGCCAAUUUCGUCCUCUGGCCAGCUGUACAGGUUCUUAACUUCCGGGUCGUUCCAAUCCAAUUUCAAAUUCCCUUUGUGUCCUCUAUUGGUAUCGCUUGGACUGCGUACCUGUCCUUGACCAACUCUUCUGAGGAAGAUUGAUUAAAUCACCUGCGAUGAUGACAUGAAUGGUUUCGGGUGGGUUUCGGGUCGUCAGUUAUUUCAUAUCUGCCGCUCUCUAUUUUAUUUUUUCUUGUGUCACUAGAUGAUUUCUGGGCGUUGUAUAUCAUCGUUGGGGUUCUGCUGCCUUAUUCUUAUGGCUGGUGUCUAGGUCUUUCCCCUUUCGGUGGGACGGUUCAAAAGGUGUCAAUUUCACUACUGGUUGUUUUCACACGCAUAUCAUUAAACAAGGUGUAACACCAUCUACACAUUGUUUCACUGAUCUCUGUCAUAUGAUUGUCGCCGUAGACGUCGAGGUGGUAUAGUGCCAAUCGAUGAAGUGCCAUGGAUGAUUCUUUCUGUUUCCACUCCUCGGAU